UUUGCCUACAAUGCUGUUAUGUUGCAAGAGUUAUGUUUACCUGAUGAACAACGAAGAUGAACACGAAGGAAAAAGAGAAAUAUAUCGAAGAAUUUGACUUUCCUCAUUGUGACGAAUCAUCGAAGUAUGAAAAAGUUGCAAAAAUUGGACAAGGUACCUUUGGGGAGGUGUUCAAGGCUAGAGAUAAAAAUUGUUCUAAAAAAUUCGUAGCUAUGAAAAAAGUGUUAAUGGACAAUGAAAAGGAAGGGUUUCCUAUAACAGCUUUAAGAGAAAUAAGGAUAUUGCAGUUACUAAAACACGAAAAUGUAGUAAAUUUAAUAGAAAUAUGUAGAACAAAAGCAACACAAUAUAAUCGCUACCGUUCUACAUUCUACCUUGUUUUUGACUUCUGUGAACAUGACUUAGCAGGUUUAUUGUCAAAUGUAAAUGUCAAAUUUAGUUUAGGAGAAAUUAAGAAAGUUAUGCAACAAUUGUUAAAUGGUCUUUAUUAUAUUCAUAGUAAUAAGAUUUUACAUAGAGAUAUGAAGGCUGCAAAUGUUUUAAUAACAAAAAAUGGUAUAUUGAAAUUAGCUGACUUUGGGUUAGCUCGUGCAUUUAGUGCAAAUAAGAAUGGUCAACCAAAUCGUUAUACAAACAGAGUUGUUACUCUUUGGUAUAGACCACCUGAACUUUUGCUUGGUGAUAGAAACUAUGGCCCUCCUGUAGAUUUAUGGGGUGCAGGAUGUAUAAUGGCUGAGAUGUGGACCAGAUCACCUAUAAUGCAAGGAAAUACAGAACAACAGCAACUAAUAUUAAUUUCUCAAUUGUGCGGUUCGAUUACAACUGAAGUGUGGCCUGGAGUUGAGAACCUCGAAUUAUUUAAUAAAAUGGACUUACCUAAAGGUCAGAAACGAAAGGUUAAAGACAGAUUGAAACCAUAUCUAAAGGACCCGUAUGCAUGUGAUUUGUUAGAUAAAUUACUAAUUCUUGACCCAUCUAAAAGAUUCGAUUCAGAUUCCGCGUUAAAUCAUGAUUUUUUCUGGACUGAUCCAAUGCCUUGUGAUCUUAGCAAAAUGUUGGCACAGCAUACACAAAGUAUGUUCGAGUACUUAGCUCCUCCAAGACGUCCGGGCCACAUACGUCAUCCUCAUCAUCAAGUACCUGGCGGACCUGCAAAACCAAGUUCUAGUAUGGCUGACAGUGGUUACCAAGAUCGUGUUUUCUAAGAUAUAUUUUGUCUAUAUAAAUGUAAACUGCCUUCUAUCA